AUGACGUCAACCAACUUGCCGUUGCCUGUGGGAGCGGUUGACCAAGGAGUCGUCGGCGUUGACAGCGUUGGCAGCGCCGCAGCAGUAGUCGCGGCGGCCUUCUACAACUUCACUGCGGAUUUUGUCGAGUCCUCGACACGGGCUAGUGGGAGGCAAAACAUGCCUUCGAGGCGUCAGCGUGUCGGUGCUGCGUCUCCUAGCCAUCCGUCGGUGGCCAUUCAGGUGCUGGACUUCCUCAACGCGGUCUAUAUGCCAGCCGUCAUCUACCUGGGGCUCGUGGGGAACGUGCUCUCUCUCAUCACUUUCCUCUUAACCAAGCUGAAGAACCGCGCCUCUAGCCUUUACAUGGGAGCCCUGGCCAUUUCCGACUCCGGCUUUCUCAUCAUACUUUCGUUCGCCUGGCUCAACGAGCGUGGCAUCAACGUGUACCAGCACGGGCUCUGUCUCGUCACCGUAUUUUUCACCUCUGUCUUCUCCUGCUGGUCCGUGUGGUUGACGGUGAGCUUUACGGCCGAGAGGUUUGUCGCAGUGCGCUACCCUCUCUGGAAGCUGCAGACCAGCUCUCCCAGCAGGAGACCACGUCUCGUCAUAGGCACCACUGCGAUUCUGAGUUUGGCUCUCAAUGCUCCCUUGUUGCUGUUCGUGAGAGUCGGUGACGGAGAGUACUCUGACUGCAGCCUUCACCCCGAGUACGAGAGUGCACUCUACUACCUGAACCUCUUGGACACGGUGCUCACCUUCAUCUUACCGUUUCUGCUCAUCACUUUCAUGAAUUUCAUGAUUUCCCGCGCCAUUUACCGGUUCUACGUUCGCUACAAGAGACAGCGCGCCAUGCCUGACGUGCACAUGGACUCUCAUAUCUCCAGCACUUCUUCACCCAGUAGGCUCAAUGGGAACACGGUGAUCUCCAAGGAUGGUACAAUAACGGCGACCAGUGGAGGAGGAAUCGCUCACGCGACUCAGAUCAGCGUGACACGCAUGCUCCUGCUGGUGUCCACUGUCUUCAUGCUCCUGAACCUGCCGAGCUACGUCAUGAGAAUCUACGUGUUCCUGCUGUCCCUGGGACAUUCGGAUCUUCCUGAUGCCAAGCACAGCUCCCUGCCUUACGUGCUGCAGCGCUACUUCAUGCUACUGUACUACACAAACUUCGCCAUCAACUUCGUCCUGUACAACGCCAGCUCUCGGAUGUUCCGAUCCACGCUGUGCGAGUACAUGCAAGGCAGGUGGCACGCACUCCGAGAGUCAAUGGCCGGCAUUCGAUCGAGCCUGGGCCGGUCUUCCACUAGCCAGAACGAAGACAUCAUCAUUUGAACAAGUGCUGGGCAACUACUUCAACGAGGAGCAUUGACUCAGCG